CCUGCUGAUAUUCUUUUCCGGUUCCCACAACACAAGCAGAGACAAAAUCGCGUCAGUAGGGAGCAGGUCUCUACCACGCUCUAGUCAAAUCUCCAGCAAUACACCACAGAAAACCGGCCAUGUUUCCCGCACAGACCGGCAACAUCAAUCUAGAAGCCCUCAGUGGAAUAUGUGGAUCGAUCUCAAUUGCCUGCUGGGUGGUAGUUUUUUCGCCUCAAAUCAUUGAGAAUUUCCGCCGUGGAUCCGCCGAUGGCCUUUCACUGCUCUUCCUGAUUGUCUGGCUGGCCGGUGAUGUGUUCAACAUCCUCGGCGCCGUGCUACAGGGGGUCCUACCGACCAUGAUCAUUCUCGCCGUCUACUACACCCUUGCCGACGUCGUCCUUCUCGCCCAAUGCUUCUACUACCGGGGGUUCACCCUCCGCGACGAGGAGCCAUCCCCGCGGCAGCGGGCCUCGGCAGCUUCCUCCCUCCACAACGAGGAGGAAGCCUACGUGGAUGAUACGGAGGUGCCGUCCCCGGUGAUGGCGCGCAAGCCGACGGAGCAGACCGCGCUCCUUGGCUCCACCAAACAGCGCGGCGGCGGCCCGUCCUACCAGGCCAGCAACACCACCAGCUCGGCAUCCUCCGUGACCAUCACCCCCCAUCACCCGCAAGACCACCAACGACCAGCCCCACUCACGAGUAGUCGUCGGCACUCAUCCGCAUCGUUCCUCCACCCCUCCAUCGACGGCACGCACCUGUCCCCGGUCACGCCCUUCAUCGAACCCGUCAAGGAACCGCGCCCCGCGCGCACGCUAAGCACCCUGCAAACGACCCUCUUCCACGCCUCGGCCAUCACCCUCGUCUGCGCCGCCGGCGUUCUAGGCUGGUACAUCAGCCAACGCACCGCCCAGCCCUCCGGCGACGACAACAACCGUCACCACGACACGUCUCCCGCCUCGGAUGCGUCGCUCGAAAUGGACCCCUUAGGCCAGGUCUUCGGCUACCUGUGCGCCGCAUUGUACCUCGGCUCGCGCCUCCCGCAGAUCCUGCUCAACUACCGCCGCAAAUCGACGGACGGCGUCUCCCUUCUGUUCUUCCUGUUUGCAUGUAUCGGCAACCUGACCUACGUGCUGUCCAUCCUGGCCUACUCGCCCGUCUGCGCAGACGCCCGCUCGCGCUCGAGCGCGAGCUCUCCGCUCCACGCCGCCCAUGAUCAGAGACGGUGCUCCCCGACCGAGCUCUCCACCAAGUACGGGCAAUACAUCCUCGUCAACCUGUCCUGGUUGAUCGGGAGCUUCGGCACCUUGCUGCUGGAUAUGUGUAUCUUCGUCCAAUUCUUCUUAUACCAAGAUAACUCCAGCGAGGAGUUCACAACGGAUGUCAGUGCGGACGAAGAUGAGACCGUUCGCGGAUGACGGCGAUAAUGAUGCCGACGGCGUCGAAGAAGCUGAUGAUGAUGAAAAUAUCUGAUUGUUUUGGGUGGGGAGUCCUACUUGUGGCUAUGGGGUUGGUGGUUUUGAAAGAAAAAGUUUCCCUUUCUUUAAAUCUUGUGGAGUUAUUGGUCUUGUGUGGCGUAUCUUUGGUCAACUGGUAUAUGGUGUUCGCGUGUUUUGCCUUAUCGCCCCAGCCAGCGAUCAUUUUUCAUUCUCCACUGUAUAUAUAUACUUAUACGGACCCAGGAGCUUAGAGCAGAGAUAAUAG